CUUUUUGUGGUUCGGCGGCUGCCUAAACAACCCCGCCGCCCAUCAGUUGCGCUCGGCUGACCAUGUUCCGACGCCUACUCUCGGAUGUGGCCGAGGGCUCAGGGGUGCUCUUGGAGCCGCGGGGGUGGCGCCCCCCCCUCCCAACCGCCAGCGCGGCGGACGACGCGUGCGCGGUCGAGAGGGACGCUUUCCUCUCACGGUGCGGCGAACAAGGAGAGGAGCUCUGUCCCGCAGCUGCGACCGACCUCGACCUCCUAAAGUGCCUAUCGACGGUCGCGAGCCGGACCCGGGGAGAAGUGGGCGAGAACUGCGAGGUUGCAAUGUCGCGAUUCUCUGACUGCUUGUACGGCCCGCGCCUGCUCCUCCCGAUGGAGCUCGCCUCGGUCCUCCUCCUCGCUGCGGCGAGCGGCGUCCUCUUCUGCUCCGUGCUGCGCUGCUGCCUCCGCCACCUCUGGCUGCGCCCCGUCUCCGGGCUCCACUCGGCGCGCGCGGCAGAGGCGAUGCUCGAUCAAGGCGACUCGGAGGCGGAGGAGGAGGAGGAGCCCCACGCGACCGAAGUCGGCCUCGAGCCGCUGCGCAUCGCCAAUGCUACCGCCAGCGGCAAGGCGGCGCCCGCUGGCGCCGCAGCCCCGGCAGCGGAGGACGAGCUUCUCCCCGCGUACACGGACGUCGUCGCUGGAGCCGCCCUCGCCCUCCAGCCGCGCGCGUCGUGAGCGCAGUGUACUGUGGGCGUGGUGGGAUGGACACCUCUCGUGGAACUGUCUGCGCCGCGCGGUGGCCGUGCUCGUGUUUGCUAGGAGACAGUGGGGGGCGCGGCACUCGGUGCCUGUGGACGAGGGAGCUGCCGCGGCGUGCGGGAAGAGGACGUGUCGUGGUCGUCGCGCGCGCUGCCGAUCGCGCUAUACGCGCAGCAUGUACAAAAAAAGGCCAAAACUGA